AAACAAAUGUGCGACAAUUUUGAGGAGAUGACAGCAGCACAACAGAAUGAAUAUGGUAAGACAUUAAACAUAAUUUUAUUUUAAAUACAUAUUAGACUAUUAUAAGUAAGUAGUGCAGGCUAAAAAGUUUACAUAUGGGAUUAUUUUCAUUAAAAUUUAUUGUCCCAAAAAUACUUAGUUCCUAUAGAUAUAUUUUACUAUAUUUUAGUUAAAACUAAAACACAAUAUAAUUUAGACAUAAGAAACGAAUAUUUCAGAAAUAUUAGGAAUAAAUAUAAAUUUCAAAAUUUCAACAGCACUAGUUCACAUGAUACAACUAUUCUGCCAUGGUAAUAUAUCAGUAUUCAUGAAAUAGUCAGCAAAAUAGUCACGAAUAGCAGUCACUGAUAUAGUAUUCCAAAAGUACACUCAAUAUAUCUUCGUGCUCGAGUUAACCGGUAAUUAUGUAUUCUCUUUUUUAAUGUCAGAUUUUUUCCACCAUAUGGCCCCAUAACAUUGAAGGAUAAACCAAAUGCUUCGUCUCCAACAAUAACAUAUGGGAUUUUGUAAUCAUUCUUUUGUGGCAAAAAAUCUGGAUUGGGAAGAUCUAGCUUUUUUGAGCUUAAGUUCUUAUAAAAAUGACCACUUCAAAUUUUACAGAGGAAAAUCAUACAAUCGAAGAAGCUUCGGAUCAUGAACAAAAUGAGUAUGUUACUCCUUUAAGGCCUAUACAUGUACAGAAAAAAAGGAAAGUGGCAUCGGAAACCGACCAUAACACUGAGAUAGUGGGCCUAUUAAAGGCAAAUCUUGCACAGCGACAAACAAACGAUAUUAUGCUAGACAAUGACGGAGACCGACAUUUCCUUCUUUCGCUACUGCCGGACUUUAGAAGAGUGCCAAUUGACAAAAAGAUGGAUGUGAAAUUGGCAAUGAUACAAUCGAUAAAAUCUGCCCUAUUACCCACUCAAUCUGCAUUUAAUUACAACCAUGUACAUCAUUUGCCGUUUUAUCCAUCCGCUCCUAAUCCCCCUUCUACACAACAUCUUCCUAUUCAUAAGUCAUCAUCUUCACAAGUGCACGUUUAUGGUCAUCCUUCUUCCACUCAUUCUCAUUUAUCUCCCCAUUCGUCAUCCAACACUUCAUUCAUUGAGUUACAAUGUUCAUCCAAUGAAAGAACAGACACUGUUCCCAUCCUCUCACCCCAUUCCGUUGAAUCAACUGCCACCUCAACAGAUGGAUCCAUCAUCGAUCUUCUUGUUGAUUACCAAGGCUAAGACCAAAAUUGUGGAGCUGAUAAUUAAUUAUUAUUUUUCUUGUACUACUUUAAAUACAAAUAGAUUUAGAAAAAAAACAUCUAUAAGUAUUUUUUCCUUACCUUAAUGUCAUAGAUAGUCGUUCUUUUGACGAAAUACUUCUACGCAUAGUUGUGUCCUUUUUAAUUAGUUUGUUUUCCAAAAUAUUAUGAAGUUUCUCAAAGGACUGAAUAGACAUUCGAUAAUAAUUGAAAAACUUCGAUGGAUCUUGCAACAAA